AUAAAAACAAGGGUGCGGUAGAACAAAAGGCAGACUUUUAUUCAAACGUGUUAUUAUUAUAAUUAUUGUUAUUAUAAUUUUUUUUUUUAAUCAUUAAUGGGACUAUUUUCCUUUUACAAUGGGAGUAAGCAAAUCAAAUAAAUAGAGAUGAGAUGAGAUUAGAUGCGAGCAGACAGGUGUGGAUGAGGAUGAAAUUAGUGCGAGCGGAUCCAAAUUCGUGGAAAAAUCCCUCGCGUGCCCGCGAUGUGAAGUCUCGUGUUGAAUCAUUAUUUAAAAAAAAAAAAAAAAAAAAAAGAUAGAGAGAGACUUAUCCGGCCAUGACAGACAAUAUUGCUGUCUCAAAACAGAGACAAAAGAAAGUCAAGGCAAGGCCCCCCUCCUCCAUGUGCUCUCCCCUCCGUUAGUAGGUGUGACAGAAACAACAAAGGGACGUGGAAAAAACUCGCAUCAGGACCACAGCCGGACAACAGCCCAGACAGAUCCCAGAGCACAACAGCGGAGUUUAAUGGGGGAGAAGCGAGAGACGAGCGCUGCCCAGAAUAAACUGAAGGGAAACGAGCAGCGGAGAGGUGUAAACUGAAAGUGGACAUCGAGGGGAAAAAGAGACCUGAACUGAUUCCAGAGGUGCACGUCUUUCAAAAGGGCCCUCUCCAUGGAUAUAGACACAGACUAUGAGCGGCCCAACGUGGAAACCAUUAAAUGUGUGGUAGUAGGGGAUAAUGCAGUAGGCAAGACUAGGCUAAUCUGUGCCCGGGCCUGCAAUGCCACCCUCACACAGUAUCAGCUGCUUGCCACCCACGUGCCAACCGUCUGGGCCAUCGACCAGUACCGUGUAUGCCAGGAGGUGUUAGAGAGAUCUCGUGAUGUAGUGGAUGAGGUCAGCGUGUCCCUGAGGCUGUGGGACACAUUCGGGGAUCAUCACAAAGACAGACGAUUUGCCUAUGGCAGGUCUGACGUAGUGGUGCUUUGCUUCUCUCUGGCUAAUCCCAAUUCCUUGCGCCACGUCCGCACUAUGUGGUUCCCGGAGAUCAAGCACUUCUGCCCCCGGACGCCCAUCAUCCUGGUUGGCUGCCAGCUGGAUCUGCGCUAUGCUGACCUGGAUGCAGUAAACCGUGCACGACGACCCCUUGCCAAACCCAUCAAACCCACAGAUAUCCUUCCACCAGAGAGAGGCCACGAGGUGGCAAAGGAACUUGGGAUACCUUACUAUGAGACUAGCAUUGUUGCCCAGUUUGGAGUCAAAGAUGUUUUUGACAAUGCCAUCCGAGCCGCCCUGAUCUCCCGUCGACACCUGCAGUUCUGGAAAUCCCACCUGAAAAAGGUUCAGAGGCCUCUUCUCCAGGCACCCUUCCUGCCUCCUCGCCCACCACGCCCCAUAGUGGGCAUCCCAGACCCCCCUCCCACAGAUGGCGAGGGCCCUGAUUCCCUUUUCUGCCAGCCACUGUGUGCAGAUGUUCUUUUCCUUCUGCAAGGUGGCAUCACUCGCGUCUUUGCACACAAAGUCUAUCUGGCUACUUCCUGCUCCAAGUUCUAUGACCUCUUCACCCUUGAUCUGAGUGGAUCAUGCACAGCGCCACGGGGUGAGGAACAGGAGAGCAAGGAAAACUUGGAGGGUGGGGAGGAAGAUGAACAGAGCAGGAGAGGAGCCAAGGAGCAAGCUGGGCGCACUAAGAGCCUGGACAUUGAUAAAGAUGGGGCUGAUGGAGGAGUGCGGGGCCUGAAUCGACCCCAGCUGCUCCAGCAGGGCUCUUUGAGGACUUCCCAGAGUGAUAAUGCACUCCCGUCUCGAGCCCAGUACUCCCUCGGAGCACUAGGGACCGGUCGAGCACUUUCAGGAUGGGGGAGGGGGUUCCUGAGUGUGUGUCUGGAGCAUGUUGAUGAUCCGAUGACUGGACGACCACGACUCAUGACUGUGGUAGCUAUGGAUGCGCUUAUACAGGAGGAACCAUUCAAGGCAGUGCUUCAGUACCUGUACACGGGCAGCCUGGACGAGGGCCGCGGGGAUCUGAUGCAGGUGGCCACCAUAGCAGAGCUACUUGAGGUGUUCGACCUGCGCAUGAUGGUGGCCAAUGUUCUGAACAGAGAAAGCUUCAUGAACCAGGAGAUCACCAAGGCCUUCCAUGUCCGCAGAGCCAACCGCAUCAAGGAGUGCCUCAAUAAAGGGACCUUUGCUGAUGUGGUGUUCCGACUGGACGAUGGCUGCCUCCCGGCCCACAAGCCCCUGCUCAUCUCAAGCUGCGACUGGAUGGCUGCCAUGUUCCGUGGCUCUUUCAUGGAAAGCUACAUUGAGGAGGUAUCCAUUCCUAACACCAGUACAGCCUGUAUGCGUGGAGUGCUGGAGUUCCUGUACUGUGGACUGCUGACACCUUGUCCAGGUCUAGAGCCCAUGGAACUGAUUGUUCUGGCCAACCGUCUCUGUUUGCCACGCCUCGUUGCCCUCACAGAACAGCACGCUGUGGACGAGCUUCUCCAGUUGGCAGUGAAAGGAGUUGACAUUGAUGGACAGGUGUUAGCUUACCUUGAGCUUGCACAGUUCCACAAUGCCAAGCAACUAUCAGCUUGGUGUCUCCAUCACAUCUGCACUAAUUAUAAUAGCAUCUGCCGCAAAUUUCCCAAAGACAUGAAGGCCAUGUCUCCAGAAAACCAGCGGCACUUUGAGAAGCAGCGCUGGCCUCCUGUGUGGUUCCUGAAGGAGGAGGACCGCUAUCUGCGCUCUCAGAAGGAGCGCGAGCGCGAAGAGGAGAUCUUGCGCAAGCAACACACCAAACGGGGCUGGUGUUUCUGGAGACACCCAUCCUCCUCUCCGCAUGUCUCCUAAAGGGUGUCCUCUGCUGACUUUUUUGUCCUAACCUGGGUCAUUACACCCAGGAAACCCACCCCCACCCCACCCCCUAACGCGUAUAGAGGCGAUCGGCUCUGAACCCCCUAUCGGAGGAGAAAUGACUCUCAGUGCUACUAUGCCUGAAUGUCAGCAUGUUUGGGGGAAUGUAUGUGCCUCUUUAUAAUUGUGGGUGACUUGACGAGUGCAUUUUGGUAUGCGUGUGUGACAAGUGUGGACUUAACCGAAGGGUAUAUGUAUGGAUGUGGUGAGUGUAUGUGUGCGGUUUGAGUGAUGCUUCCGAGUUGAGUGCUUCCCAGAUGCCCUGAUCUAUAAGGGCCUGUGGCAUUGCAGUGCAGCCCCUUGUCCCCUCCACAUGAGCUCUGUCCCCUCCACCAGCACUCACAGUGUCUCCGCCUUUGAGUGAUUGGACUGGGAGCAAGGGCUCUCUAUCUCUCUCAGUCUCCAUCCUUCACAUUGACCUUAAUGACUAUUACACAUUGACCACUGCAGCUCCUCUCAGGGAGCUUACCUCUGCCUUCACUUUUACACAGACUGUUAGCUUGCACACACAGACCCGCGCCCAAGGUCCACCCCUCUAAAACCAGCACUGGAUUCCCAGGAACUGACGCUGACAAUGUAAUUAUAACUACUUUGAUAUUAUUUGACCUUUUUAUAUAUUUUUUGCACCUUCUAUGACACUGUUAUCAGGAAAUGGUGCACACUACUCCCAGGAAGUGUUGAGGACUUUGAUGGUUGCCAUUGCAACCACAAAGAUAAGACUGUUAAUCUAGGUGCACAGAUAUGGGUGUAAGGGUAACCUUAAAACCAUUAACAAGAUAGGAUGCUCCAGCCAGGAGCUUUGAUCAUAGCUAUUAACCUCCAGUCAAGUCCCAAUGUGGUCCUUGAUGUUCAAUCAUCCACCCUUGCACCUCCCACCCCCUCCUCCUGCACACCACACCUGCAAAAAAAAAAAAAAAGAAAAAAUAGCAAAAUAUGAGCUCUCCUUGAUGAGUUGGAUUCACCAAACUGCACUUCAGAGACAUUCAAAGUGACCACUCUAUAGCAAUUAUGGGGGUAAAGAGGGCUAGCCUUACUUGAUACCUCUGCCAUGGAGGAUUGAUGGAUACAGUAUUAAACACAUGCGCUUGUAACGUCCAUGACCACUAGGUUGCGUUCGAGCACCUCAGCCAGCCUGCCUUUACACCCCUACAAAACUGGGGGCAGCACUGCUCAGGGCCCCGGCACUAACCUUCACAUUAACAGGAGUUUUAAAUACCUGUGAUUGCUUCAAUCUAUUUUCAGUUAUUAAGGUCGUAAGUAUAACUUUAAUCCUCGCAAAGUGUUAGAAGAAAGCUAAAGCACAUGCACAGUGUUCGUGGUGCAUUUAAAAACCAUACCUAUUGAUUUUCACCGGACUCUGAAUACCAAAGCUGUGAUUCUUUUGAUCUCUUUCUUCCUCACUGUCUUCACUUCUGCCUCCCUGCUUCCUUUAAUGGCGAGAGGGGACAGAGGAGAGGAGAAAAAGUGGUUUGUAGGUGAAGGAGGUAGUGUAAUGUGAUAUUCGAAUCCCUCCUCGUGGUGGCGUUUUCAGUCUGUGGUGUCAAGAGAAAAGUGUCACUGCUGGACAUUGCCUUCUGUUCCUAUUGCUGGAAUCGAAAAUGGUGCUUAAGACACGAUAAGACAGCGUCCACAAGAACACACAGACACAACUGCGAUUUUUUUUAUGUUCACAGUCUAAGCGUCUGUUUCUUUUUUUUUCUUUUUUUUUUACAGUUCUCAUUACCUGCGAUGAACUUGCAGAAAUUUAAUGAUGGUAUUCAAAUUUGACUUGUGAGAAUUUUUAAACCUUAAGUUUUCUUCCUGAACAGUCUGUAAGAGGUCAUUAUAGGUCACUGGUUUUAGAAUGUGUAGCUUUCUGCUUUUACAUACAGUGGUUACAACCUUGUAAUGUCUUUUGCUGCUUUCAUAUUUUUAAAAAAAUGUGAUCUUUUUUGCUUCCUUAACUUUAACCAGGACAAUAAUUGUAUUACUUUAGAUUGAAUUUGCAAUUGUGAGUGUUGUCUCAACUGACAAAUGGUUUGAUACUGCAUAUGAGAGCAAAUCUGAUUUUCUUGCUAAGGGUGCUAAUUUCUUUGGGCUUUAGUACUGAAUGUGAAAACAAGACUUUGUGUUGAUGAGUUUCUGUUAGCACGUUGUUCUAUUUGUGGGUUUGCGCCCCUCAGCUUUACGCAGGUAACUGCAGACGAUAGAUAGAUUGUGUGAGACAUGUGGUGCGUUAUGCUGUUCUCCAUGGGAGGUGUGUUAAAGUCAUUGUCAGCUACUGAAAUAGAAGUCAGAUAGGAUCUCAUGAGACCCAAGUGAGAAUUGAGCUGAUUCCGCUCUCAAAAGAGUGAAAGUGGAGUAAAAGUGAACAAGUCUCAGUCAGCGUUACAUGCAACCCACAUAUUUUGGAGUUAUUCAACAGAUAUUUAAACUCAUCCCAGUGCAGGGCUGUGGGAAUUUGGAAAUGAGACCUAAAGAGGAGAUAGUUAGGGGACAGUUUUUGAUGGACUUCCAUGGCCUCUUUUUAGUUCCCCAUAGAAAGGAUGGCUAUUAGAUUUGUCUUUGGUUGGUUUGACCUAUUAAGCCUCUUCUCUUGGUCCUUGUGCCUUAUAGUUUAAAAACUAACUAAAAAAAAAACAAGAACAAGAAAAACCUAGUUUGGGAUUUUAGCAGCAUCUUAGUUCAAACCUGCAGACAGGUUCUGCAGUUGCUGACAUGUUGGUUGUAGUAGACAGUGACCGUGAUAAUGUUAGAACUCUAAAAUGGAUAAUGCCGUUGCUUUGUGCACUCUCAGACAUUAUCCUGCUUGAGGGGAUUUUGGAGCCAACUUGAGCCAUACCCAUGGAGAAUCUUUAGGCCUACUGCUUGUUUUAUGCAGAAAAAAAAAAAUUAAUAAUAGAGUAAUAGAGUGCAGUACAUUAGGUCGGUCUAAUCACAUGGCCUUAGAUUAGUAUGUAAUUCUCUAGAUUGGUAAUUAUUUGGAUGUAGAAAGACUCACAUCGUGGUUGGGAUUCUCCACUGACCUGGUGAUGGAGAGCUAGUGAUAAAAAUGAAUCAGGUUGAUUCCUGCAGUGUAACUUCAAAACCACUGACUUUUAGAAAGCAAAGCUUUUUUAAUGAGCACUGGCUGGCCUGUGCGCUGAAAGGGUGCAGCCACUUUUGGAAUGUGGUUUAUUUGCAUGGUGGCCUAACUUUGUCAUUAUAAUGACACUUGGUGUUGGAAUGCACUUUCUUCUUUUUUUUUUUUUCUUUUUUUUUGUUUUUUUUUGUUUUUACUUUACUGUACUUUUCUGUGCUUAGCAUGAAUUGUUCCUUUUGUAAGAUUGUUUCUAAACCUGAUGAUUGUAGCACAAUAUUUCCACUUAUGUCAAAUUUUCCCACAAUUUGCUCAGUGAGGAGCUGAAUCACAUGACCUGUCCAGCUUCUUGUUUAAGGUCUAGUUGGCACUGAACCCCACAGUAGCUUUCUUCCCGCUAUGUGGCUUUAUGCACAAGUCAGUCUUACUUAAUUAGCUCAGCUCAGCUUAAGGUAGCAUCACUAAAUAUACAACUUUAAAUAAUAUGCUGGGACACCUUCAGACAUUUGCUUGAACAACUAAUGCAGAGGAUCUGUUGCUGCUGUGCAGUGUUAUCACUGCCUUUUUUUCUGCUAUUACUGUUGUUAAUACAAUCAAUCAAUCUUAUUCUUGUGGUUUAUAUGAUAUUAGGUACAGGGCAUACAACUGAGAAGUAUAAAAAGUAAAAAUUGAAAUGAAAUCAAGUGUUGUAAUACACAUAUUUAAGAAUGUAAUAAAUGGCUUAAAUCCAAGUAUAAUGUUUGGGUUUAGCCUGCAUGUAAUGACAGAGGAUUGGGGUAAAGCAUGAUGCAUGUUUCUGGUGUUAGAUAUAGGCUACUGUACAUACAGCAGAGGUUCUUAAUCUUGGGAUUCUGAGCUAAUCUGUGGUCACUUGAUAUUUAUAAAACUGAAUAACUGAGAAUUGUGAACUUGAAAUUGAAUCACAGGCCAGAAAAGGUUGAGAGACCCUGAUUUACAGAGAGGGAGAGAUGGAAAUGCAAAAUUGAAAACCAUGUUGGCUUUAGUCAGCGUUCAAUAGUAGCCUAACCCUAACCCUAACACUGACCCCUAUAGGCCAGGGUUGCAUCCUGUCACAUUCUGAUGUAGGAUGUAGGGCUGUGUUCACUUGGUUUGUCUUGUUCAGUCUCAGCUCAUCCUUCGUACUCUCACGUUCUCCUCGGUUGUUUUGGGUGGAGCUUUUCUUCCUUCUUAGCAGGCCUGACCUUCCUGUUUUUUAAACAUGAGGCCUAGUGACUGAGAGAACACCGUGUUUUUAGUCGUCGGUGUCUUUUUUUGCUGUGUGCCUUCAGUGAACUCUCACUCUUUUGGCUCUGUACAGGCUGACGGCACUGCACCUGCAGCCUUCUGGGCUCAAAUAAAAGUUGAUUAAGCCAAGAAAUACAGACUUGAGCUCAGAAAUAACGGCCGGCAUCUUUCUUUACUGUACAGUAUCUUAGAGCUUGUGUAUAUUGGCGUAUGUUUCUUUAACAUUUUUGAAGCAUAAAGCAGUUACCGGCUAUCGGGGUCAUAGUGUUAACGUCCAGUGAUAACAUAAGAUAUGGAGCUCUACAAGUUCAGUAUGUGUUAUCACCUGUUCUAAAGCUACGCAACAGAUGACUUCAAUUAGGAAAUGACUAAGAAACCCAGCAAACCAGCAAUUUUAAAAUAAUGUAUUCACACUCUUUCAGGUGCCUGCACUUUCCAUAAUGUAGCUUAAUACUACUUUUUUGAUAAGUAUGCUAAGUCUUUAUAUUUACCAGUUUCUUGAUCAAAAUAUAAAAUAUCUUAUUACUUUUCCACUUUCUCAUGAUCUCUUUCUCUCUAAGCCAAACUCAGUAGUUAACCCUAUUGCUUCCACUAUUUAGCUGCAAUUUAUAAUGUUGCAAUCAUGCAUAAGGUCAGUGUAUUUCUAGUCGGGGAACAGCAUCUGUGAACUACUGGUUGGAUUAAAGGCAGAUAUUAGCUGUGACAACUACAUAUAAUAUGCUUUAAUGAACAUAGUUGUUAUCCAAAGUACAGUGCAGUGUUGUAAAUUUGAUAUGAGUCCCAGCUGGAUUUAACCUCUCACCUUAUAACUUCUCACCACACUGUAUCUACUUACUAAGCUGGUGUAUACCUAGGAUUGUAUGCACAGAGAGGCCCAGGACAGCCAGAGUGUUUAUAUAAACAUACAUGGUGUGAUUAACCCCUGGUCUAUACUGUAAUUUUGAAGUGGAUCGUACAUACUGUAUAGUAUUGUUAUGCACUUUUGUUUCCAUUGGCUCAUAUGAGUUUUAUUAACAUUUCCUGCUCAUGUUAUUGUGUUAAUUACAAUAAAAAAGGCAAAAGAAAGAGCACACCACACUCACAAACUAUUAAGGGCUUUCAAGAAAAUAUACAACAAUCAGAAUGUUUUGCUGCUCUGCUGUUG